GAGCACUUGGGUUUGUUACCGGAUUCACGAAGUCCCUCUCAUUUCAAAUACGAUGUCUGCUUGGACGAUCCUGUGGCGGAGUCCUUCUUUGUCGACGUUUGGCAGAGCACUGCACGGUCAAAUAUGCUCAUUUAUGAAGAAGUAUUCCGGACAUAUCCAACCGACAACGUGGAAACCUUCGAAGAAUUUGAAAAAUGGACGGGGCAAAUGCCUCUUGCAGAGUAUUCACCACAGCAAGCUCAGGAAAAGCUGAGAGACGUGAAUGGUGUCCUGGUGGAAUUCCCUUUGAAUUUCUUAUGCAAAGCGAAUCUUACGCCGGGAAUCACUUCAAAGGAAGGCCUUGUACCAAGUGCUGUAUUCACGUGA